AUGGAAGAGCAGGGCGAGCAGGAGGCAAAUAAGCAAGAAGUGGCAAACUUUGAGAAGAAGGAGGUGGCCAACUUUGAGAAGAAGGAGGUGGCCGAGAAGAAGGAGUCACAGCAGCUGGUGAACUACCUGCUGAGCCAAGGGAAGAGCGAGCAGGAGGCCAAAGAGGAAGCCAGCAACUUCGAAAAGAUGCAGGCCCUGCAGGAAACAGAAGAAAAGAUGGCAGCAGAUGCUGUGCAGUUGGCAGCUGAGCAGGAGCAAAAGGCUGCAGCUGAGGAGAAAAAAGCAGCAGCUGAGGAGAAGCAGCUCGCAGAAGCA